AUGUCAAAAGAACAAAAUAAAUUCAAACAUAUUCUCCUUGUCCCCAACAUAGUCUCAGAUUAAGCAUUCUUAUAAAGACAUAAGACAUUCCAAACCUAUGUAAAAAAGGCUCAUUCAGAUCUUUAUUAUUUGUAACUGAAGAAAAUUGGUGGGUUAAGAAAAUCUAUUGCAGAAAAAGCUGAUUAUGGCUAAGUCUUACAAUAAAUUAAAAGUAACAGACUUUAAAAUGAGUAUUUAAAUCUAUAGAAGAAGAAUCAAGGAUUUAUGUACAAUAAUUAACUAUGGUCAGAUAAAUACUAUAAUCAAAUCUAUCAGAUGACUAGAUUGUCUCAACUCUCAGAAGUUCUCAGUAAACAAAAAACUAAAGGCAGAGAUUAAUUAAUCAAAGAUUUUGAAGUCUACUUUAAUAAACACGUUCAUCCUUUUAAUGAUGAAUUUACUGAAAUAUAAAAGGUUCUUCCACUUUCAAAUUGUACAACUAAAUGUAGUUCAAGAAUCAACUCAUAAAAAUUCUUAUUUCCUACUGAAAGACUAUUAAAUUCUAAAUAAGAAACCUAAGAGGAUGAUAUUAAUAGAGUUAAAUCUUUAUAAACAUCAUUCCAUAAAUCAAUCAAUGACAAAAUAGUUAACCUUUUAGAUGAAGCAAGUAAUUUGCAUAUCUAAAAUCUAGAAACCAUCAAGUAAAUUUUUUAACAUAUUUAAAAUAGAAAAACCAGGUAAUUUUAAACUGAAUAGAGUUCCUCUCGAAAAAUCAUUUAUUCUCAAAUUUAAAGAAGAAAUGAACACAUGAACAUACAAACAUCAAUGAGAAAUAGAUAAAUACAUUUUAAAAACAAAUUUGUAUAGGAAAGAUUUUAGAAGGAAAUAGAAAAAUUAACUUCUUAGAAUCUUUGA